AUGACCUUGAGUGCAGUCGAAGCUGGCACCACGCCACAUCCCGUAUACGUGAUACGAAACGGUGUUGUUAAAGAGUUCAGCUCGGACAGCCCCUGGCUAGGUCUUCAAUCAGGACCCCUACCUCCGACUUCUGCAAACCAGAACAACCAAGGCAGCCACCCCCUGCACGCUCCAGCCAUCAACAGCGAUCCGAACGUGUUUUUCAGCAGCGCUCCGACCAGUACGGCUAUUUCGACUAGCAUCUACAACAGCUACGUCUCCAGCACCAGCCUUCCCCAUGCCGCCAACAGCUAUACCACGAGCCAACACCAUCGUUACCACUCGCCCCAGCUGCUAUUCCCGAACGGUGCCCAAUCCCCCAGCCACUACGGGGUCGAGGUUUACCAAAACGACGAAGGGAUCUCUCUGAAUCGGGGUCAGUUAGCUCAGUUAUCCCAACAGGAAUUGCCAGGCGGUGGUGGUAGCAGCAGCAGCAGCAGUAGCAGCAACUGUGGUAAUGAGAGCAGCGGCAAUGCAUUCAUGCGGGCCGGCUCGCCUAGUUAUUCCACAGGCUACCAGGCAGGCCAAUCCGGAGCGAGCCUGUCGCGAAGCUCCUGGCUCCUCGCCGCCAGGAGUGAGUACCCCGACUCGAACCCGUUCGGGUCACCACAGAACCGAGGUUGUGGGACUGCUGGUUAUGGAGCAGCGGCACCGGUCGGAGCGUGCGGGGCUGGUGGAGGCAAAAGCAGCUACAACAGCACAGGCAAUCCGGCUUCAUCAGCAACCAGCGGAGUGUCCAAGUAUGCUCGUGCCGCACGUGGCUAA